AUGGGUCUCGUUAAGCCUACGGGAGCUGCUAAACGUUCUGGUGUUGAUGUGAGGGUCUUGAUGAUGGGGGAGGAGAUGGCAGGAGAGGAGAAGGUGGUAAAGGAAACCCUCACCGCCUCCCGCAUCCUCCCCUACCACGCCGCGCCCCUGUACGAGCUCAUCGCCGACAUCGCCGCCUACCCCGACUUCAUCCCCUACUGCACCUCGAGCACCAUCACCUCCCUCUCCGCCCCGGACGCCGCCCACCGCAAGGAGUGGCCCCGCACCGCCGACCUCCGCAUCGGCUACGGUCCGUACGACGAACUGUUCCGCAGCGCCGUCUACUGCCUACCGCACACGGUCCUGGAAGCCGUGGCCGGAGACGCGGAGCCGACGAUCCCGAAGGGUCGGUUGGCGCAUUACUACGAGGACCCGGGACACGAAGACGAUGCGGAGAAGUCGGCGGGGAACCGGUCGAUAUUCACGUCGUUGUUGACGCGGUGGACGUUUAGGGAGUUCCCGUUCAAGCCUGCCCCGCCGGACGGCAAGACGCCGCAGGAAGGGAGUGCGAGCGCGCCGAGUAGGCCGAGGACGGAGGUCAAUCUGGUUCUGGAGGUGCGCUUCGCGAGUGCGGUGUAUAGCGCGUUGAGUCAGGCUGCGGCGCCGAAGGUGGCAGGAAUGAUGAUUGAGGCUUUCGAGAAGAGAGCGACCGUGGUACUGGGACAGGGGCAUGGGCCGGAGAGUAGGGCAGAGGAGGAUGGUUCAAAGAGGAGCGCAAUGGAGGGGGUUACGAGAGGUAAGAACAGGAUUAUGUAG